UGUUAAGAAAAAACUGAAGGGAUGGUGCCAAUUUCUUUCAUUUUCUUACAUUUGAAAGGAGGGCCAUAGUAGAGUCAGUACUGUGGUUGCCACUAAUUCAUAGGAAGUAGAAAUCUAAAUUCUGUGAAUAAACUGGCUGUCACUUCAAUUCACAUGCUCGUUGACAUACUUUAGAUUAAGAAUUAGUUGUGGUUUCACCUUACAUGCAUUUUAUUGGAGUUUUAUGGCUACACGUGUUUUUAUGGUAAAACAGUGGCUGUAUGAAGCUGCUGCUAUAGCUUUUGAGGCUAUACCACGUACUUUGGCUCAGAAUUGCGGGGUGAAUAUGAUUAGAACAAUGACGGCGCUGCAGGGAAAGCAUGCAAAUGGUGAAAAAUCAUGGAUUGGCAUUGAUGGUAACACUGGUGUGAUAACUGAUGUGAAAGAGAAAAAGAUAUGGGAUGCCUACAACGUGAAGGGCCAGAGUUUUAAAACGGCCAUAGAAGCUGCUUGCCUACUUCUCAGAAUCGAUGACAUUGUGAGUGGGAUGAAGAAGAAGCAGCCUCCUGGUGCCAAAGCUCCUUCCAAGCCUCAAGUUGAGACAGAAGGCGAUGCAGAUAAUGAGCAAAUAAUUCCGGAGUGCUUAUGGAGAGCACGUGGUUAUCUCAGUUUGAAUGAAGUUUUGCUUUAAAGAAGAAAAAAAGGAGCAUUAUAAGUUUGAUGAGGAUAUUUUUUAGGUUUGUAAUGUCACCUUAACUUGGUAGUGUGUGUUUUGUCCCUCUUCUUUCUUUCUCAAUCGACGAGGUGGAAAGAAGAGAAGUCUUCUUAUUGGAGAAUGCUAAUGUUAGUUUCACAUGUCAUCUGUGUAUCGAACACAAUUUCUUUGUUCAACUUCGUGGAUUGGCACAGUGGAGCUUAUUUCUACCAUUCUUCUGAAUGAUUGUUAACAGUCCAAACUUAGUUAUUGACACAAAUAUGUACUUUUCUAAAAGUAAGAAAACAAAAAGUUUUUCAUGGCCAAGCAUCAAUUUUAAUAAGCCAGUGUGGCACCUAAAACACACAACGUACGGCACUGUACACAAACUUGUGGAGGAAAGGAUUCAUAUUGAGCAUCUAUUUUAUCCACUUAGGGAGAGUAAGAAUUGAUCUUGUCACUCCCAUAUUCAGCCAAUAUGCCACGUAUUGAUUCAAAGCAGAGCUUAAAAAUGAAACGAAAGCAGAUAAAAAACCCUAGACACGGCCAGCUGAUGCAACUGAAAUUGGCAAAUAGCAAAGAUGACAUGA